CCGAAACUUCACCAGAUGAGCAGGAGACCUACCAUCGAUGACCAGAUAUUAUACUUUAGGAGAGAACGUCAAAAUUUGAGAGGAACUGCCGCAGGGAAAAUAUUCAAAAGGAGAGAGACGGCCGUACCCGGUACGCCGGUCGCUCUCGCUACUAGCCUUCCGUCUUCAGUGCUCCCUUCACCGCCGAGGGCCGAACAAGGCGGCUGCCCAUCGUCGUUACCGUUUGACGGUUUCUGCUCACGCGAUUGCGUGCGGCCUCGUUUGUUCCCCACGCCGGUCGCGGACCAAACCCCUCCCCCCAUUCUUCCGUUAUUUUUCUCCCACAGCUGCUUUCUCUGCGCACUCCGCACUCGCACCGCGCAGCUUUCCGCCCCGCUCCCUCCUCCUCCGCCCCCCGAAACCCUCGAGAGGUUCUGCGCGCGGCGGCAGCGGCAGCCAUGGACUCGGCGGCGUCGCUCCUGGAGGCGUACCGCCGCGACCGGCGCCGCCUCCUGGGCUUCCUCCUCUCCUCCGCCGGCGGCCGCGCCGUCGACCUCUCCCGCGUCGAUCUCGACGCCGUCAGCGCCGACUACGCUCUCGACUGCGUCGCCUCCGGCGCGCAGUUUGACGCUUCGGAGGCCACCAGGAGGUACUUUGACGACAGGAGGUACCCGAUCAUGGCCAGAAGGCUCUGGUUCUCCUCCAAAGAAAGUAGCACCGGACAUUGGACCCGAACCACCUGCAGAAGAGAACUCAAGUAGAGCAAGGAAACAUAGUGAUUCUUUUAAAGUAGCAGUUAACAUUCAGGGAGCAUCCUAUGUUCUGAAGGAUCUUAGUCUGGCAAAUACGUCUCCUCGGCAAGCCAAAGAAAUGGAUCUUCUUUCUCUAGGUUUACCUAGAUUAAAUGCAGAAUUGUCUGAUGAUGAUCUAAGAGAAACAGCUUAUGAGGUCCUUCUCGCUUCUCUAUUUGUCAGUGGAAAAAUGUACUUCGCUGAAGAGAAGAGAGAAAAGAAGCCUAAAUUCUUGAAGGGUUUGAGGUCGAAGACUGAAGGAUCUAAUUCAGUACCUCAGAUGGAAAAUUAUUAUACCCACCAUCUUGAUUUGAUCCGAGUACAAAUGGAGAUAUCAGAAUCUAUGGAUACAUUGGCUAAGAGAGCUUUAAGACGUAUUGGUUCGAAGAUGGUGCAGGGACAACUUGACGUGCCUUGCAUAGCACUACAACUAUUAAGCUCUGUUGGCAAAUUUGAUUUCCCAACAGAAAGAUUGCGUGUACAAUGGCAAAGAAGACAGGUAAAUGUUCUAGAAGAAUUACUUCUGUUCUCAGCAUCUCAUGAGUGCAACAUGAGUGAAACAUUGCGGAUAGUUCUCUCCAAGCUAAAAAAUACAGAGGACUGGGUCGUGAGUGUUCCUGAUGGGCGUAUUGAGGUCUUGACUAUCAUUGAAAGAUACAACACAAGACUAUCUACAGCUUCAAAGAAGUUCGGCCUUAAAGGCGAAACCUACCAUUGGACUCAGAGCUAUCAUUUUAAUUCUAGGCUAUAUGAGAAGCUACUCUCCAGUGUCUUCGAUAUUCUUGAAGAUGGGCAACUUGUAGAGGAGGCUGAUGAAAUACUUGAAACAAUGAAGCUGACCUGGCCUAUAUUGGGCAUUACCCAAAAGUUGCAUGAUGCCCUGUAUGCUUGGGUGCUUUUCCAGAAGUUUGCUCAAACUAGGGAAAUUCUUCUACUGAAACAGACAGAUCUUCAGAUACAGAAACUUCAGUUACAUAAUAAUGUUAGAGAAGCAGAGCUGUAUAUGGAUAGCUUUGUUUGUUCUGUGGAAGGAUUUGGAAGCAACGGCGCUCUAAAUUUGGUGGACAGUGCCCUUCUUAAAAUAAACAUGUGGUGUCGCAGACAACUGAAGAAUUAUCACUUAUACUUCAGUCAGGCUAACUGUUCAAUCUUCGAGAGCAUGCUGAACUUGGUGUUACUUUCAGCGGCAAAUCUUAAUGAUGAUGACGAGGAAUCCAUGCUCAUUGGGACCCCGCCUGGCAGUUCAGCAGAAUCUACAUUGAUCCACAUACUCGUUGUCAGAUCCAUUCAAGCUGCAUAUAAGCAUGCCCUAAUUGUAGCAGAUGGCCAAUCAAAAGCAGAAUUUAAGCAUCCAUUGAUAUUGCUUGCAAGUGAGCUAAAGCUAUUAGUGGAGAAAGAGUGCUCUGCAUUCAGCCCAGUACUUCACAAAUAUUAUCCUGAAGCUGGAAGAGUAGCACUAACUGUCUUUCACCUACUUUAUGGCCAACAACUGGAGCUGUUCCUGGAAGGGACGGAUCAUUCAGAAAACUUGAAAGAGAUACUGGGAGCAUCGAAUAGCUUUGAGCUCUGUAUAGCUCAGAAGCUUUACUCAAUGUACGGGGAAGCUGCUGGGUCUUCAUUGUCUAACUUCCUAAAACCAUACAUGAUAGAUCGUUUUUCUUCAUCCAUCAUUCUUCAGUGGCUUCAUGCUCAACAUGAGAAUGUUUUGGAGUGGACAAAGCGUACCAUUGAGAUUGAGGAUUGGGAGCCUCUGUCAGUUCACAGGAAACUAGCAACAUCUAUGGUUGAAGUCUUCCGGAUUGUGGAGGAGACUAUUGAUCAGUUUUUUAACUCAAGUCUACCUCUGGAUAUUGUCCACCUGCGGAGUCUGCUUAUAGGGAUCACUAGCAGCCUUCAAGUCUAUUUGCUUCACAUGGAAAAUCAACAAGUUUCUAGAGCUACCCUGCUACCUGUUGCGCCAGUCUUGACACGUUAUGCGGAAUCAGUUAAUCCAUUUGCCAGAAGGAAACCUAUUGAGCCUGCAGUUCGUGAAGAGAAGGUGGCUAAUAAAUUGAAAAAUUUGACAGUCCCACAAUUAUGUGUGAAACUCAACACCCUUCAGUACAUUAGAGAUCAACUUGAUACCAUAGAAGAGGGCAUCAAACAAUCCUGGGUCGAUGUCCAGUCAGCUGUGGGAUUGUUAGACUAUUUGUCUUAUAUGGCCAGUGAAGGAGCUACUUCAAAAAGUUCGCCUUCUGAUGAAUCGAUUGAUGAGUUAUUUACAAUAUUUGAUGAUGUGCGAAGGACUGCGGUGAAUAUAACUGACACGAUCUUGAACUUCAUUGGAACAAGGGCUGUUUUCUGGGAUAUGAGGGACUCGCUUCUUUUCUCCUUGUACCGUACUAGCGUUGAAAGUGCACGCAUGGAGAUUUUUAUCCCUACAAUUGAACAGGUUCUUGAUCAGGUAUGUGAUCUAAUCGUUGACGUGUUGAGAGACCGAGUUGUGCUGAGAGUUUUUCAAGCAUGCAUGGAAGGAUUCAUUUGGGUCCUACUUGAUGGAGGUCCAUCCCGCGCAUUUUUGGAGACAGAUGUGAAUUUGAUGAAAGAUGAUCUGGCUAUUCUCAAGGAUCUUUUUAUAGCAGAAGGCCAAGGUUUACCAUCAGAUGUUAUUGAAAAGGAGGCUAAAUUAGCUCAGCAGAUUUUAGACCUCUAUGUGCUAAAGGCUGAUAUUAUCAUUGAUUUGCUGAUGAAAGCAAGUGAACAUAUGUCACACCAUCUUGAACCCGCAGCUGCUCGGAGAAGAAAUGUACAUGAUAUCCAUACCCUCCUUCGAGUUUUGUGCCAUAAAAAGGAUAAUGGUGCCUCCACAUUUUUGAAAAUCCAGUAUCAUCUUCCAAGGUCCUCAGAUUAUGACGAUGUUCCUGUGAAGGAUGCACCAUCUAAAGUGCCUAUAUUUUCAGACAUGCUGAAUAGGGGUGCUUCAUUUAAUUGGUCAGAAACUGGGCAGCAGAGUUUUAGGAUUAUGAAGAAGAAACUGCAAGAAGCUAGUUGGCAGUAAAAGGUGUCUCGGUUGGAAAAUUCUGCUGAGUUUGCACAUGUCCUUCACAUAUCUGUGAAAUAGAUCACGCUGUUUGGACAGAAGAUGCAACUUUGCAUAUGUUCAGGAAGUAGCGAACGAAGGCAUUGCUAUAAGGCCUUUUUCUACACAUAAUGGAUUAAUGGCGUCCCGAUCUUUAAACGGUUACGACCUCAUUUGAUGCCACCUGGCACUAAGCAAGAGAUGAGGAAGAAGCAAAGAAGCUUCAAUUGGUGUUUGUGAAUGACGAACUGAGCUUUUUACCUGAGAUCAUCAUGAUCCAGCUAAAAGAGAUGAAGAUUUUCCCUCGCAAGGAAGAGAAGCAUCACAGGGUCUCAGUUCUGAAAAUACUACAUGUUAAGUUUCUGUUCUUUCUCAGUGCAAUUUCCAUGUGGAAAUCAUAGCAGCCACCUGUGGUGACGUAAUCCUGCCUCCCCAGCUUGAUUAAAUCUUCGCUGCAGAUCAAUAUAUGUGGAGAUCUGUUGUAUUGUAGUAUCACAGAUACUAACAGAUUCCAGGAAAGAUCACCAGCACUUAAUGAGAAGUGAAAACAGGCUUGCAUGUGUAAAUAUGCGGAAAAAGGAAGGGUUGGGCGACCUCCUUCAAAACCAAGCUUCUAAAUAUUGUAUUCCAGAAAAUGUUUGCAGAUAUCAGCCAGUAUAGCCGAAUCUGUGGAUGACAA